AUGGCAGCCCCCACGACAAAACAACUUUCCAAGCAUUUGUUGGAGCUCCAAUGUCCCAAAAUUCGCUACGAGCAGCGGAGGCAUUUCAGCCACUCGGAGUCUUCGGAAGCCUUUUCACUUCGAAAUCGUCUCUUUCGUCGUCAAUCUUCGUCGUGUUCCUUUUCAACUGUCAAUAACUCUGCGCCAUCUGCAUUUCCAACAAGACAUAAAAGUUACUAUGAGGAGCUUGAAGUCUCGACUGACGCUUCAAAAGUUGAAAUUCGUCGAGCGUUUCUUCGAUUAGCAAAACUUCACCAUCCAGACACGGCGAUGGAAUCGGAUCGUGGCAAAUUUCAGAAGCUUCAGGUCGCGUACGACGUUCUCUCGGAUGACGUCAAGAGGCGGGAGUAUGAUUGGAAGUCCCGUGGGAUAUGGAGACACAGUCCAUCUGGGAACGACCCAUUGCAUCCUGAUAGUGAAUUCCAGCAACAACGACAAGAGUUUUGGCGACAUUGGGAAGAGCGAAAAAAAGAAGGAUCAGAGGGCUCCCGCAUUCAUGAGACGACUUCCCGUUAUAGUGAACAAGAGUUGGCAGAUAUGGAAGCAGCCGAACGCGCCCGGCAUUUAGAGUAUCAACAGCGAACGAUUCAACGCUUGCGAGAAAUUGGAAAAAAGAGAGAAGCUUCCAGGAGAGAGGCAUAUCAAGCCGCACGGUCACGCUAUGCAGAAAACAUCGAAAUCAGAGAUGACGACUUCGGCGGGGGUCCACCACAUCCAAUUCUCCACCGGCUUUUUGCUCAAUUAAGGCGUCAUUUUGGAUCAUUGUGGACAAAAGACAGAUUUGUAACGACAUGA